GAAAUAAAUGAAAUAGUUUGAUAAAAAUUUUAUCGGUAUGAAGUCGAUCACGUUCUUACACGUAAUUUUCAUCGUUACUUUGGUGAAUGGUGCAUAUUAUGGAGGUGGACGUGGAGGAGGUGGAUAUGGUGGUGGUGGUAGUAGAUACGGUGGCGGAUACGGUGGAGGAUAUAGAUCUGGUGGUUAUGGAUACAGAGGAGGAGGAUCAUCUUACGGCUUAGGAUCUGCAGGUUUAUUAUUAGGUUCAGUUUAUGGUGGAGGUUACGGAGGAGGUUAUGGAGGAGGUUACAUGGGUGGACCAGGCUAUGUUGCUGCACCAGCCUAUCCGGCAGGAUAUAUGUUUGGAUCAAUGUACGGACCUCCGAUGGGUUACGUAGGAGGACCAGCAUAUGGACCAAGUUAUGGUUACGCAGGAACGGGAGGUGGCAUGAAUAGCGGUUAUUAUGGGGGUCAAACACGUAGUGGUGGUGGUGGUGGAAACUACGGAGGAGGUAAUAGAGGAUCAUAUGGCAAUGAAGGAUAUGGGGGUCAAACACGUAGUGGUAGUGGUGGAACCUACGGAGGAGGUAAUGGAGGAUCAUAUGACCAUGAAGGAUACGGAGGUGGUACACGUAGUAUGAGUGGAGGAUACGGAGGUAGCAGUGGCAUGGGUGGAGGACACGGAAGUGGCAGUGGUAUAAGCGGUGACGGGCUUCAUGGAGGUGGUAUGAGCGGCAGUGGUCUCAGUGGAGGGCACGGAGGUGGUUCUGGUAUGAGUGGCAGUGGUCUCAGUGGAGGAGGAACUGGCAUGAGCGGGAGUGGUCUCAGUGGAGGGCACGGAGGUGGUUCUGGUAUGAGCGGUAGCGGGCUCAGUGGAGGGCACGGAGGUGGUUCUGGUAUGAGCGGCAGUGGUCUUAGUGGAGGAGGAACUGGCAUGAGCGGUAGUGGUCUCAGUGGAGGGCACGGAGGUGGUUCUGGUAUGAGCGGUAGUGGUCUCAGUGGAGGGCACGGAGGUGGUUCUGGUAUGAGCGGUAGCGGGCUCAGUGGAGGGCACGGAGGUGGUUCUGGUAUGAGCGGCAGUGGUCUUAGUGGAGGAGGAACUGGCAUGAGCGGGUAG